AAGAGCUGCCAGCUCGGGACCUGGAGAGUAGGAAGUAGUAGAUCUUUCCCAGAGUUCAGCUAUGGGUGUAAGAGGUUUGCAAGGAUUUGUGGGAAGUUCCUGCCCACACGUGUGUACAGUGGUAAACUUGAAAGACCUGGCAGCGCACCACCGAAGCCGGCAUCCCGGGUGUGCUCCCACUGUGGUGGUGGAUGCCAUGUGUUGUCUCAGGUACUGGUACACUCCGGAAUCUUGGGUCUGCGGUGGCCAGUGGCGAGAAUACUUUUCUGCUUUGCGAGACUUUGUUAAAACCUUCACAACCGUGGGCAUCAGGCUGGUGUUCUUCUUUGAUGGCACGGUGGAGCAGGGUAAGCGGGAUGAGUGGGUGAGGCGAAGACUGAAGAACAGCAAGGAGAUCAGCAGAAUUUUUCAUCAUAUCAAGUCGCACAGGCAGCAGCCUGGCAGAAACAUGUUCUUCAUCCCCUCGGGUCUAGCCCUGUUCACACGAUUUGCCCUGAAGGCCCUGGGUCAGGAGACUUUUUGCUCAUUGCGGGAGGCAGACUACGAGGUCGCUUCCUAUGGUCUGCAGCAGAACUGUCUUGGGAUUCUUGGGGAAGACACGGAUUACUUAAUCUAUGACACUUGCCCCUACUUUUCUAUUAGCGAGCUCUGUCUAGAGAGCCUGGACACUGUCAUGCUCUGUAGAGAGAAACUCUGUGAGAGCCUGGGCCUCCACCUGGCAGACCUUCCUCUGCUGGCCUGCCUGCUUGGCAACGACAUAGUCCCAGAGGGCAUGUUUGAAAGCUUUCGGUAUAAGUGCUUAUCUUCCUAUACCUCUAUAAAAGAAAACUUUGACAAAAAAGGCAACGUUAUCUUAGCUGUGUCAGAUCAUAUAUCUAAAGUUCUUCACUUGCAUCAAGGUGAGAAAAAAUUAGAAGAUAUAUUACCUUUGGGACCAAACAAAGCUCUUUUUUAUAAAGGAGUGGCAUCAUAUCUUUUGCCAGGACAGAAAUCUCCAUGGUUUUUCCAGAAGCCCAAAGGUAUAAUAACUUUGGACAAACAAGUAAUAACCGUGAGUUCAGACCCUGAAUCCCAGCAAGACGUUCCCACAUGUACAGACCCUGAAUCCCAGCAAGAUGUUUCCAUGUGUACAGACCCUGAAUCCAGGCAAGAAGUUCCCAUGUGUACAGACCCUGAAUGCAGGCAAGAAGUUCUCAUGUGUACAGAUCCUCAAUCUAAGCAAGAAGUUCCUAUGUGCACAAAUCCUGAAUCCAAGCAAGAAGAACCAUUAUAUGCAGAUCCUGUAUCCAAGCAAGAAGUUUCCAUGUGUACAUGCCCUGAAAUCCAGCAAAAAUUACCUAUAGCAACAGACUCUGAAUUUAACCUAGAAGCUUCUACUUGUACACACCCUAAAAUGGAACAGGAAGACCCUGUGAAUAUGGGGCCUGAAAUAAAGCAACAAGUAACCAUGGUUUCAGACACUGAAAUCUUAAAGGUUGCUAGAACCCAUCAUGUCCAAGCAGAGAGCUACUUGGUGUACAGCAUCAUGAGCAGUGGCGAGAUCGAGUGCAGCAACACCUUGGAGGAUGAGCUGGACCAGGCCCUGCCCAGCCAGGCCUUCAUUUACCGUCCCGUCCGACAGCGUGUCUACUCGCUCCUGCUGGGGGGCUGUAAAGAUGGCGUCAGCAGCUGCCCGGCGGUCAAGGAGUGGUUUGUGUACCCUGGGAACCCACUGAAGCACCCGGACCUCGUGAGGCCCCUGCAGAUGACUGUCCCAGGGGGAACGCCUAGUUUGAAAAUGUUGUGGCUGAACCAGGAGCCAGAAGUGCAGGCCCGGCGCUUGGACACACUCCUGGCCUGUUUCAACCUGUCCUCCUCCAGAGAAGAGCUGCAGGCUGUGGAGAGCCCAUUUGCAGCUCUGUGCUGCCUCCUCAUCUACCUGUUUGUCCAGGUAGACACCCUUUGCCUGGAGGAUUUGCAUGCGUUCAUUGCCCAGGCCCUGUGCCUCCAAGGAAAAUCAACUGCACAGCUGAUAAACUUACAGCCUGAUUAUGUCAACUCCAGAGCCGUGCAGCUGGGCUCCCUCCUGGUCCGUGGCCUCACCACUCUGGUCCUGGUCAACAGUGCAUGCGGCUGCCCCUGGAAGACGAGCGAGUUCAUGCCCUGGAAUGUAUUUGACGGGAAGCUUUUCCAUCAGAAGUACCUGCAGGCUGAAAAGGGAUACAGUGUGGAAGCUCUUUUAGAACAAAAUAGAUCUCGGCUCACCAAAUUCCACAACCUGAAAGCCGUCGUCUGCAAGGCCUGCGUGAAGGAGAACAGACGCAUCGUGGCCCGGGUGCACUGGGGCACACACCACGCAGGGAGGUGGGGAAGACAGGGCUCCAGCUCCUACCGGACGGACUCUGGGUACAGCCGCUCUGGUCAAGGACAGCCGUGGAGAGACCAGGGACCAGGAAACAGACAGUAUGAGCACGACCAGUGGAGAAGAUACUAGUCACCCUCCAGUGUGGAUGUGCUGGGCAAAGGGACGGUCCACGUCCUGUGUGGAACAGAGCAGGAUGGCGAGAGAUUCCCACGACCGAGAGUGGCAUGCAGUUUUAAAACUCAAAUUGUUUAUUUCUGGGAUUUUCCAUUUAAUAUUUUCCGACCUCAGUGACUGUGGGUAAGUGAAGCUCUGGAUGAGGGGUCUACUGUGUAGUAUAUCAGACAUUGUUUUCUAAUUAGAAAUUCUAAUGAAAAGUAAAGUUUCCAGCUAUUUCUUCUCUUGGUCCUCAGAAGUGUUUCGGCAGAAAAAGAAGUAACAACUAAUUUCUCACCUUCCUGGUGGGAGAGUUACUUCUCUUAGGGUUCUGCUGGAGGCAUGGCACAGGGCCGUGGGGGCUCUGCCACGUGGUCCCGUCCGGUUCGUCUUGCUGGGCUCUGGCUCAUGCCGCAGGGCAGUGAACCUAGGCCGUUCCGAGGUGCAGACAGGAAGGCUGUGGACAGGAUGUGUUUGAGAGAAGGUGAUCAUUGAGCUGCCAGGAAGCCUCGUCGUUCGUGAUGCCACUAAUAAGUGGUACGGUUGUUCUCCUUAUCUGUGAGCUUUGAAGGGCUUUUGUUUUUGAGAAACAUUUAAAAUGAAUCCAAGUUCAGAGUAAUCCUUUUCAUGGAAGAAUUUUCAGGUAACACAAGAAUUGACAUUUUAAGCCCGGAAUUGUACUGAGCUCUACCUAUGGGGAAAAGAGCAGCCAGGGACUUGACCCUGGGAAGCAUUCUAGAACAGGAGCUGGAAGACAGCCCUCUGCUCGGUGGCAUCUGCCCCAGACCUGGAAGUCCCCACCUGUGUCCUGAGAAUGGAGAGCCGGUGGGGAGGACCACAGCGGGACUCUGGAGAUAGGCCACGGGGCACGUGUAGGAAAUACUCCUGUUACCAGAAGACACUUCGUGUUGUCACUGUGUUUAAAAACAAGCCCCUGAACAUCGUCACAGACCAACUUGUAUGUCUGCACUUAGUGAAUCACCCUGAUGAGCAGCUCACGUGUACGUAGCUCCAGGCGUCUAAAACCUUGUCUAGUAUUUACUAAAAGGACUUUAAUACAUCUGCAUUUGUUAGGUUUGAAAUGCCCUGGCCCCGAUUUCAGUUCCUCCUUAAGGGUAUUUGCAUAUCGAGUCAUUUUUCAUGCAAGCCUUGUAGAACUCACAUUUUUUCCUCGCUUUGGAAAUAGGAACAUUCAUAAGUGGAAUUAAAAAAAAUCUAUCUAAAUAUUAACUGUCUAAUCCUUUUCAUCUAUGCUCAUUUGAAACUGCUGCUGCUUCUAGAAGAUGUAUUUGGUACUUGUUUGCAUAACCUUGAAAUAAAUCUCCCGUUCCUUAGACUCUUAGUUCUAGGAAAAUCCGUGUUUCUUUAUAAUACCUGAUUUGUCAAUAAAAUACUUGUGUUCAGUUAACAAGCUCAAGUAAGCCAUUGAGUUGAUACAAUCUGUAUUGCAUUGGAACAUCCAGAGCAGUGAUUUUUUUGUGACCUUAAUAUUGUUACAUGUUAUCUCUGAAGUCUUCUGAUGAAAUUCCCAUGUAUCAAUGUAAAAGUU